AUAAGGCUGGGCCCAGCAGCUAGCGCGCGCUCCCUCCCCUGCCCUCCCUUCGCAGGGCGCGCGCCGGGCGGUGCAGAGUCCGAAGGCAGCGCCGCAGUGGCCGCGGCCCCCGAGGGAGGGGCCCGGAGCCCCGCCCCCAGGGAGGGGCCGCCCGCAGGUCUCCCCUCUACCCUCCACGGCUCCAACUCCACGCAGGGGUUGAAAUUUAGUGACAAGAAGAAGGCAGUUCACGCGGCGUCAAUGGACUGAGACUAAGCCAAGAGCCGGGCCCUCCCUCUAGGUUUCUGGGCCAGCAAGAUGCUGGAGCGAGAUGCUGAGUCUGCGGCCCGGGGCACCGAUCCUAGUCCCACUGGCAAGGAGCCUGUGAGCAAAGGAGAAGCUCCCUACCAGGGCUCGCCGCAGAAGCCCAGCCAGUCGGUUCCAGGGCCCGCCACGUCCGCGGGGGCGCCUUCCCGACCCCGCCGGCGGCCCGCGCCCCAGCGCCCGCACCGCUGCCCCGACUGUGACAAGGCCUUCUCGUACCCGUCCAAGCUGGCCACGCACCGGUUGGCACACGGCGGCGCCCGCCCCCACCCGUGCCCCGACUGCCCCAAGGCCUUCUCCUACCCCUCCAAGCUGGCAGCCCACCGCCUCACGCACAGCGGCGCCCGUCCGCACCCGUGCCCGCACUGCCCAAAGGCCUUCGGCCACCGCUCCAAGCUGGCAGCCCACCUCUGGACCCACGCGCCCGCCCGCCCCUACCCGUGCCCCGACUGCCCCAAGUCCUUCUGCUACCCCUCCAAGCUAGCGGCCCACCGCCAUACGCACCAUGCCACCGACGCCCGCCCCUAUCCUUGCCCGCACUGCCCCAAGGCUUUUUCAUUCCCCUCCAAACUGGCCGCCCAUCGCCUAUGUCACGACCCCCCGACGGCGCCGGGCAGUCAGGUCACCGCCCGGCAUCGCUGCUCCAGCUGCGGCCAGGCGUUUGGCCAGAGACGCCUCCUACUCCUUCACCAACGCAGCCACCACCAGGCCGAGAGCCCGGGGGAGCGGGAGUGAACCCUCCCCUUGGCUCACUGGCUCCCUAUGCUGCCAGCCCCAGUCAAUAAAGAG